AUGGCGAUCACCAAGUACACCGAAGGACGUUCACGUCCCGGUAUCAACUUUGCCAGCGAACCUAACAGUCAAGGUGGCAGCAGCUCCAACAACGCCGCAAGCGGAGGAUCAGGCUCAUCGUUGGGAAGCGGUGGAGGGUCCAGCUCAUCGGGAGGCUCAAGCGGCAACGCCCAAGGCAGCAGUAGCAACACUUCUGGAUCCAGCUCUGGUCAGAGCUUGGAGAGCCUCAUGGCUAGCAUAAAAAGCAAAAUGAACAGUUCCAACAGCGAUUCCAAGGGCUCCAAGGCUGCUAGGGCAUUCACGUCGAAUCCCGAGACUGACGACUGGCGCCCGCGUAAUUACAAGCGUAUUGAGCGCGAUCUAAAGAAGUUAGGAAUGGGAUAUAAGUGA